AUGGCCGACAAGGGCAAGGGCGGCGACAAGGGAAAGGGCAAGGGCGCCAAGAGCAAGGGGAAAGGACCACGACCACACGCCAACCACUAUUACAUUGAUGGGAAAGUGUAUGAUUUCAGCGAAUGGAAGAACAUCCACCCUGGUGGCCCAGCUUUCUUCGCAGUGUCCUACCAGCGCGACAUAUCCGCCGCCGUCCACGCCUAUCAUGCGUAUCCGGAGAGGCUCACCCCCAUCCUGGAGAAGUACGAGGUGAACAUGGCAGACUUUGACAACAAGGAGCCCCGAGAGAUCCUCACGCAGGACAUGAACGCCCCGGCUUUCAUCUUGCCGCCGAACUUCGAUGCGCGCCGCGAUGUGCCUACCUACGACUGGGACAAGCCAUUCAUGGGCAAGCUGCGGAAGAAGCUGUUCACCCCAGAGAUGCAGCGGAAGAUCCGCGCGGCCGACAAGGCUUUCGACGUCACGGCCGCGUGCCUCCUCGCCGUCCACGUCUUCGUCAGCUUCCCUGCCCUGUACCUCAAUAUCCUGCCUGGCUGGCUCUGGAUCGUCCUGCAGUUUCUCACGCGCACCUCGCUCGCGGGCGUCGGGCAUUACUUCUGCCACCGGAAAGCGGGAGACGGGCAGUCCGGGUGGGGCCUCUAUUUGUUCGACAUGCAGUAUGUGGGCGCCAGCACCGUGCUGUCCGACGGGCACGUCAUGCUCCACCAUUUGUACACGGAGACGCCAGCAGAUGUCAAGCGGACGGUGUUCAAUUUCAUGAUCACCAUCCCGCGCCUCUUGCGGGUUCCGCUCUUCACCGCCCAGAAAUUCGGCGAGUUCUUCACCGGCCACCUGCUCCGGCAGAAGGACUACGCGACUGCGUACGAGCACGGCUUCUGGAUGCGGCUCAAGAUCGGGUGCAAGAAGAUGUGCAAGGGAAAUCGCGGCAUCCACUCGCUGAUGGUUGCUGAGUUCUUGUGGGCCGCCCUCUGCAGCAAGAUUCAUCUCUGGUUCUUGCAAUUUUUCUUUGUGGUUUGGAUCAGCAUCUUCCAGAUUGUGGCGUCGCACGAUUUCGAAGUGGUCAGAGAGGACCAGGAGUACAAGAAUUUGGACUGGGGCAUUUUCCAGAUCCAGCACGCCCUCGACACGUACGUUACUGGCAUCAAGUAUAUCGACAUUUUCUUGUCGGCCGGGCUGAGCUGCCACCGGGCGCACCACGUACUCCCAUACCAGAAGUCGGGCUUCGCCAACAUCGUCUCGGAGGAGUGCGUGAAGGAGACAUGCAAGGAGUUCGGGGUGGAGUGGGCGCCCGCACGCAACCUGAUUCUCGAUCGCUUCCUGCCGCUGAUGUUCCACUACCUCACGGUGCCAGCGCAGAUCCCCGCGCACCCGAAGGCCAUCAUCAUUGGCGGGGGCGGCGUGAAGGGCUUCUUCCUCGAGCACCUGCAGCCCGAUGUCAUCAUCAAGGGCCUCAAGGACGUGGCGCGGGGCUUCUCCGGCGCGUCCAUCUGA